AUGUUACUGCGGAUACGACCGACUUCGGCACUUCGUUUUCCGAGAUAUUUCGCUUCAAUUAAGCAGGAGAAAGUUCAUGAGCCCAAGUUCAGCGAGUCUGCUGCCUUCCAAGGACGAAAGCGUGGUGAUGGCGUAGUGCGACCUACUUUUAAAUUUGAUUAUUAUUCGAGCGAUGAGUUCGGAACUAAGAAGUUGUUAUCUGCUUUUGGUAGUAUUGCUGUGUUUGUGUUAUACUUCGGUUACUUAAGAGAACCAUCUGAUUUGGAUGAAAUCUGGAAUGCACCACCACAUAUAUUAACCGCCAAUCUUGAACGAAAAAUGCUCCGUGAACAGAUCAAGGAGGCUGAAAGUAAAGGUAAGGAUACAAGCCUACUCAAAGCCCAACUUGAGUAUGUGGACGUCAAGGAAGCGGCUCUUGAAAUUCAGCUCUCGAAUGAUAAAAAGAAGAAAUAG